AAUCGUCACAAUCUCAUAAUAUUAAUCAUGGGUCAAUCAACUAUAUUUCAAACAAAAUUCAGAUCCAAUCUCCUUGGGUGGGAACUUGCGAGGAAGAUGCAGCUAUGCAAAUAUUCUCAAUUACUAAGAAUAUAAGAACAGCUUGGCUCAUCUUGAUCAAGCAUUCCCUAUAACAUGUUGUUUCCAAUCUCAUGGAUUGUUCUGGCCUCCAUAUUCAUCCUCACAACAACAACUCUGUUCCUCAAACAAACCCAGCAACAUGGUCGGAAACAACCACCAGGACCACCGUCUCUGCCAAUUCUGGGCCACCUCCACAUGUUAGGGAAACUCCCCCACCGCACCCUCCAAACCUUAUCCAAAAAAUAUGGCCCCAUCAUGUCCCUUCGAUUGGGACAAGUCCCAACAGUUGUGAUCACUUCCCCUGAAAUUGCAGAGCAAUUUCUCAAGACCCAUGAAUUUUCUUUUGCAUGCAGGCCAAAGAUUGAAGCCUCCAAGUACCUCUCUUAUGGCUACAAGGGCCUAGUGUUCUCACAAUACGGUGCAUAUUGGCGCAACGUGAGGAAGGCUUGCACCUUGCAGCUUCUGAGUUCGUUGAAAGUUGAGUCAUUUGCACCGUUGAGGAAGCGGGAGGAGGAGGCGGCGGUUGAGGUGAUUCGGAAGGCGGCGGUGGCCGGUGAGACGGUGAACCUUAGUGAAGUGGUGCAGGGUGUUAUGGAGGAUGUUGUGUAUAAGAUGGUGUUGGGGUGUAAUAAGGAUGAUAAGUUUGAUUUGAAGGGGCUUGUUCUAGAGGGGAUGCUCAUGGGUGGGAAGUUCAAUCUUGCAGAUUUUGUGCCUUGGCUUGGGCCAUUGGAUUUACAGGGUCUAAGAAGAGGAUUAAAGAAAACCAGUAAAGCACUAGAUGAAGUGCUGGAGAAAAUAAUUUCAGAUCAUGAACAUGCUUCCAAUGCACAAAACGAUGGCCAUAAGGACUUCAUAUACAUCUUACUCUCAAUGCUGCACCAACCCAUGGAUCCUCAUGAUGAACAAAACCAUACCAUUGAUCGAGCAAACAUAAAGGCCAUUGUCCUAGACAUGAUUUCUGCAUCAUUUGAUACCUCAUCCAAUGUUAUCUUGUGGGCUUUAUCUGAGCUCUUAAGGCAUCCAAGCGCGAUGAAAAAUCUCCAACAUGAGCUAGAAACUGUGGUUGGAAUGGAAAGAUUGGUGGAGGAAACUGAUUUAGUGAAACUGAAUUAUUUGGAUAUGGUGGUUAAGGAGACCUUAAGAUUGUACCCUGGAGCUGGAUCAUUCAUUACCCGUGUUUCAACAGAGGAUGCUAUGAUCAAUGGUUACUACAUAAAGAAAAAUUCACGUGUAAUUUUUAAUAUUUGGGCAAUUGGUCGAGAUCCAAAGGUUUGGUCUAAUGAUGCUGAUGAUUUUUGUCCCGAGAGAUUUGUGAAGAACAAUGUGGACAUUCGAGGACAUGAUUUCAAGAUGUUUCCAUUUGGUUCUGGUCGCAGAGGUUGUCUUGGGAUUAAUUUGGGUCUCGUCACUGUUAAGCUUGUUUUGGCUCAGUUAGUGCAUUGCUUCAAUUGGGAGCUUCCAUUGGGAAUGAGCAUUGAGGAGUUGGACAUGAGGGAGGAAUUUGCAAUGACAUUGCCAAGAGCCACGCAAUUGUUUGUUGUGCCAGAGUAUCGACUGCUUAGCACAACACAAAAUUUAUAA